GGUAAAAGACAAAAAUCUGGCUCCACCGGUUUCAGCAGUGUCUGCUUAAUGAAAACACUCACACAAGUCACAGAGAUCUGUGGGAAGUGUUUGAGCUCUAGUCUGGCUCUUUUUACUUUUUUUUUUUUUUUUAAAAUAAUUAUUUCCACCGAGGAGGGAGGAUCUUAACUUCCCAGCUUUAGUGAGUGAAAACAGCGCCCGGUAUCAACACGGGAGAGACGGAAACUAACGCUGCGGACUGAAACAUUUCGACAAAUUAAUACCGAUAUCGAUUAUCCAGCGGAAUAACCAAACAUUAGCUGUGAGCGAGGGCAGACGAGGCGUCGCUGUCAUGGAUCGAUACGAUAACCUGGAUUUGGAUUUGGAGUGUGAAGGAGGAGGUGUAGCUCAAAAAGCAGCGUUAUUUGGUGGGAUGUUUAAAAGAUCCACCAAGUCUGCAGAACCACUUCUCCCAGCACAGGACAGUUUAUCAGUCAGCAGUGAACUUUCGAAGAGCAACGAUAGUCUGACUGACAACAGCAACAAGGAGAAAGGAGGUGUGUUUAAAGGAAUGUUUAAGAAGACGACCAAAGCUGCCAAAGAAGACCAGCCACAGGGUUCCCUCUCAGUAGCCAAUCCUGAACUGUCCGUCAGUAGUGACAGUUUAACAGAAAACAAGUCAUCAAAGGAAAAAUCAGGCGUGUUUGGAGGGAUUCUGAAGCGAUCUCCUAAACCAGGACAUGCCCGGAGGCCUUCACUGGAUUUUUUGGACGUGGAGUUUACAACCAGCAAUGACAGUCUGUCUGAGAACCCAACAGCUAAAGAGACAGGAGGGAUGUUCAGUGGGAUGUUUAAAAAACCCUCAAAAGCUUUUGGAGUGAGGACGCAAUCUCAGGAGGAUUUGUCUGCACCCAGCGAGCUAUCAGGGAGCAAAGACAAUCUGUCUGUGAAUAGCAACACUAAGGAGACAGGAGGUGUGUUCAGUGGGAUGUUUAAAAAAUCCCCAAAGCCUUCUGGAGCAAAGACACAAUCUCAGGAGGAUUUAUCUGCAGCCAGCGAGCUCUCAGGCAGCAAGGACAGUCUUUCUGUGAAUAGCAACACCAAGGAGACAGGAGGGGUGUUCAGUGGGAUGUUUAAAAAAUCCCCAAAGCCUUCUGGAGCAAAGACACAAUCUCAGGAUGAUUUAUCCGCAGACAGCGAGCUCUCAGGCAGCAAAGACAAUCUUUCUGUGAAUAGCAACACUAAGGAGACAGGAGGGGUGUUCAGUGGGAUGUUUAAAAAAUCCCCAAAGCCUCUUGAAGUGAGGACAAAAUCACAGGAGGAUUUGUCUGCCGCCAGCGAGCUCUCAGGCAGCAAAGACAAUCUCUCUGUGAAUAGCAACACAAAGGAGACAGGAGGGAUGUUCAGUGGGAUAUUCAAAAAGCCAAAGCCUCUUGGAGCAAGGACAAAAUCUCAGGAUGAUUUGUCUGCAGCCAGCGAGCUCUCAGGCAGCAAUGACAAUCUGUCUGAAAACACUAAGGACAAAGGAGGAAUCUUUAGUGGUGUGUUCAAGAAAAAAAUCGCCAAAUCUCAGUCUCAGGAUGAUUUGUCAUUGGAUGGUGAACUCUCUGCCAGCAGUGAAAAUCUCGUUGAAAAGUCUUCAAAGGGUGGGGCACCAACAAAGACCCGCAGGAAUCCUUUCACCUCCCAAGCUCAGGAUAAAGAAAAGACUGAACACUCAGGAGACUCAAAUGAGAAUACCUCGACUACAGAGAAGCCCAAAGCAAAGCAGAAUGGUUUUAGUGCGAUGAUGAAGAGCACAUUUUACACUGACAAGCAGGAGAAGAACUCUGGCUCUGACUCUGAGGAGAUAUUGGACAGCGGAGAGACCCAGCCCAGCAACAAACAGAACAAAUUUUCUGAGGCGAUGGAAAAACUGAACCCAUUUCGAUCUGCAAACAAACAGCAUGAAAAACAUUCAAGCUCAGAUGACGAGGAUCCACCUGCGAGCAGCGAGAAGUCAUCAGGCAACAAACAGAGCUCUAUGGCCGGAGCCAUGUCUAAACUGAAUUUUUUCCACUCUUCAACUAAAAAAGACGCCAUAGACGCGGAAAAGCUCAAGGACAAUGAGAAACAAGUGGAAGAAAAGCCAAAACCGGUGAAGAGCCACAUGACUCAGCAAGAGAGGAAGGAAAGAGGUGAAACUCCAACUGUCCCACCCAGACCUACUAAAGAGGAGCAGGGCAAAACAGUGAGACAAAAGCAGAGGAGCAGCCAUCAGAGCCAAUCGGACAAUGAAGGCCCCAAAGAAGGAGACGAGGGAAGCCCUCAAGAAACCAAAACUACCAAGGUGAAAAAACCCAAACACCCUAAUCCGUUCAUGCCACGUACUGGACCCAAGCUUCAAGCUCCGUCUGAUGAUGAAGGGCUGAAAGAAGAAGACGAUGAUGAUUCUUCAUCCAAAGAGGAACAGAUUGAUGAGGAGGGCACGGACAAAAAGAAGACCAAAGUCAAGAAACCCAAGAGACACAAUCCUUUCAUGCCAAGGGUCAAGGGCAGAGUUAUGCAGAAGAGAGCACAGGACGGAGCUGCUGGCAACACAGCAGAGAAUGAAGGAGGAAACAGAUCUUUGUUUGACCAGCUGGAUGACUUUCGUACUGACCCAUCACAGCCUGAGGACGAACGGGAUGUGGAUCUUAUGGAGUGGUGGAAUACAGUCGAGUCUUGGGAGGACACGCCUCAAGAUGAUGACAUGACAGAAAAAGAAGAGGCCAAGGCGUUUACUGUGACGGCAGAGAAGGUGCAGAAAGGCAUCCGUGUCUUCAACAAACUUUUCUCAGAGCGCGCGGAAAGCCUCUGGCAGCACGUCAUCGACCUCAAUGGCAUCGCAGACGGUCUGGACAAGUUCAGCAAGAACACAAAGAUCGCUCAAAUCACCGGCGGCUCCACAAGCGCCAUUGGGGGUGUAGCCACCAUUGCCGGCCUCGCUCUGGCCCCGGUCACCAUGGGAACCUCCUUGAUUGUGACAGCUGUGGGACUGGGUGUUGCCACGGCGGGAGGACUGACAUCAGCAGGCGCCGGCAUCUCCAACCAGGUCAACAAUUCGAUGGACCGCAAGAAGGUGGAGAGGAUUGUGCAGGAUUAUCAGGAUAAGAUGGUCGACCUCAACAAGUGCCUUAAGUUCAUCAAGCAGGGUAUCGAGAACCUGAAGAGGUUCGACCUAAUCAAGAUGAAAAAUAAGGCCUACAACCGUGACUUUCCUGUGCUUAAUAGUAAUUUCUAUGAAGACGGCGCCAUGGCAGGAAAGGCAAUCCUCAUCAGUGCUAAUGAGAUUAUGCGUGUGGUGCAGAUCGCUAAUGUGGCGGGCAGCACAGCAGCCAGAGCGGUCCAGAUCGCCAGUAUGGCCACAGGUGUUCUCACCGGACUGUUUGUAGGUAUGGACAUCUACUUUGUAGCCAAAGACUCCAAAGAACUCAAGAAAGGGGCCAAAUCAGAGUUUGCAGCCAAAAUCAGGGAGGUGGCGACGCAGCUGCACGACGGCCUGGUGGAGCUCAACAGCAUCCGAGAAGAGCUGCAGACCACGGCACCAGAAAACAGUUCAGCACAAUUCAACACAGCUGCUCCAGACACUGACAAAAAAGAGAAAGAGGACAAAUAUGACAGUUCGAGUGACGAUGAAAUCGCCCGCAUUAAAAAAGCCAUCAAAGAAGAGUAUGAGAACCGAGAAUAUGUCUGAAUCAAAAACUCAAAAACUGGAAAAGGCCUUGAACUGUGCUUUAAUUCCAAGGUCUCGGAGCAUGGUCAGUUUCCUCUGCAAAAUGUUUUCAAGUUUUUUGAAAGUACAGGCUCGAAUCUCAGGCAUACUGCUGCAAUAUUUGCAUCGUUGGUUUUGAGUUGUUGUUUCCUCAAUUUCCUCAAAAUAGAAAACUACUAUCAGGCCUGUUUUGAAAGUCCAAAGAGAUAAAUCCACGCUUGAUGAAAAACGCUACUUUCGAAAACUCCUGGGCUUUUAUUUUAGGGACCUGACCUCUUAAAUCUGAAUAGCAUUUACACUGCUGGGAGGAACUGAGGCUUUGCAGUAGAUAAAGUAUCAUAACUGUGUCUUUGGCUGUGGUGCCAGCGUGUGAAACUACCAUGUUGUCUUUGAGAAAGGGCGUUUAAAGGUUAACCGAAAUCAUGUAUUCUGAUAGUAGAUUAAUUAAAGACACAAGUGCAAAGUAUUUUGUCAUUUUUAUAAAUUAGACUUUAAAGUGUUGCUUAGAGUUUCAUCAAAGUGCAUGAGAUAAUAUUGAGACACUUUUACUGGCCAGGUGUAGAGAUUGUGUAUAUUCACUGGGAACAAGUGCCUUAAUUAUUUAUAAUGCCUUAGAAAUGCACUAAGAUGCAAUGUAGCAUUAGUCCGUUUACUCUGUUUUGU